CCGUGCCAGGUCACCCUUUCCAACGGAAAAUAUCCCAUUUCUGACAUUUCCUCAAAAGAAAGAAAAAAGAAAAUCUUAUCUUCCAGUCCCCCUCAAAUUUUCUGGCCAUCCAAACAAAACUAACAGAUGAAAGUGCAAACAUCACGGGCCUCCUAAUUGAACUGAAUCUACUAACCUUCAAAUGGCAAUCGCAACCGCAAAAUUAUCAGAAUUGCCACUGAGAAACUCACUGCCUUUCCCACUCACCUCGCACUUCCUUUUCUCUUCUACCUUCAAGCCACCCUUUCAAUCCCUUAGAAAGUCUUUCUACUCUUCCGCUUCGCUUCGAACCGACGAAAACCCUAAACCCAAGAACCCUUUUCCCUCCCCCAAGUCCCCCUGGCUUUCCAAUUGGGGCCCUCAUAAAACCCCUCCUCCUCCUGCUCCGGCUCCGGCUCCGGCUCCCAGAAAGGUCACCCAAUCCGAUGGUCAAGAUAAGACUCGGUAUUUGACCAAAGACAAAGGCCGAAACGCUAUAGAGAGAAUCGUGCUUCGUUUGAGAAAUUUGGGGUUAACUUCCGACGAUGAGGAUGAUGAAGAAGCAGCAGCAGCGGAGGAAAUUGAAUUCAACGGUGGCGAUUUAGCGCCAGUAACCGGGGAGGAGAGAUUGGCAGAUCUAUUGCAGCGAGAGUGGGUCCGGCCUGACACUAUUUUUAGCAAUAAGGACGAUGAAGAGGACGAUGAUUUGGUAUUGCCAUGGGAGAGAAAGGAAAGCGAGAGAAAGGGCAGAGAGGAGGGAGAGGGAGGGAGGGAAAGGAAACGGACCGUUAAAGCUCCAACAUUGGCUGAAUUGACCAUUGAAGAUGAGGAGCUGAGAAGGCUGAGGAGAAUGGGGAUGUUUGUAAGAGAGAGGGUUAGCGUUCCGAAAGCUGGGCUCACAAAGGAUGUCUUGGAGAAGGUUCAUGAUAAAUGGAGGAAGCAGGAGUUGGUUAGGCUUAAAUUUCAUGAGGUGCUUGCCCACGAUAUGAAGACUGCCCAUGAGAUCACUGAGCGUCGGACAGGAGGAUUAGUUAUCUGGAGGGCAGGAAGUGUCAUGGUUGUGUACCGUGGAAGUAACUAUGAAGGGCCUCCGUCAAAAUCCCAACCCGUUGAUAGAGAAGGGGAUGCUCUUUUUGUUCCAGAUGUUUCUUCUGCUGACAGUGCGGCAAUGACAAGCGACAAUGUUGCAGCUUUGACUUCUGAAAAGAGGGAACCAGCUAUGAGAAUAAUAAACCGUACUGAGAACAUGACAGAAGAGGACGCUGAAUUUAACAGUCUGCUUGAUGGUCUAGGCCCUCGUUUUGAAGAGUGGUGGGGCACAGGAAUACUGCCAGUGGAUGCAGACUUACUUUCUCCGAAAGUUCCUGGUUACAAAACACCUUUUAGGCUUCUUCCUACUGGAAUGCGGUCAAGGCUUACCAAUGCAGAGAUGACUAACUUGCGAAAACUUGCUAAAACACUUCCUUGUCAUUUUGCCCUUGGGAGAAACAGAAACCAUCAAGGGUUGGCAGCUGCAAUACUCCAGCUUUGGGAGAAAAGCCUUGUUGCAAAGAUUGCUGUGAAACGAGGUAUCCAGAAUACAAAUAAUAAACUAAUGGCUGAUGAACUAAAGGCUUUAACAGGCGGUGUCUUAUUGCUUAGAAACAAGUAUUACAUUGUCAUAUACCGUGGAAAGGAUUUUUUGCCAACAAGUGUAGCUGCUGCUUUAGCAGAGAGAGAAGAAUUAACAAAACAGAUUCAAGAUGCUGAAGAGAAAGUGCGAAUCAAAGGAGUGGAUGCACCAUCAUCUGGGGACAAUGAAGGAAAGGCGCUUGCUGGUACCUUGGCAGAGUUCUAUGAGGCUCAAGCCCGGUGGGGAAAAGUUAUUUCUUCUGAAGAACGUGAAAAAAUGAUGGAAGAUGCUUCCAGAGCAAAAAGGGCCAGAAUUGUCAAACGAAUAGAACAUAAAUUAGCAGUUGCCCAAGCCAAAAAGCUUAGAGCAGAAAAAUUGUUAGCCAAGAUAGAAGCCUCUAUGGUUCCUUCUGGUCCUGAUUAUGACCAAGAAACGAUAACUGAUGAGGAAAAGGCAAUGUUUCGUAGAGUUGGCUUAAGAAUGAAGGCAUACUUGCCUCUAGGCAUUCGUGGUGUUUUUGAUGGUGUCAUUGAAAAUAUGCAUUUGCACUGGAAGCAUAGAGAACUAGUGAAGCUGAUAUCCAAACAAAAGACUCUUGCAUUUGUUGAAGAUACAGCUAGGUUGUUGGAAUAUGAGAGUGCAGGGAUACUAGUGGCAAUAGAAAGAGUACCCAAAGGAUUUGCUCUUAUUUACUAUCGUGGGAAGAAUUAUCGACGACCCAUUAACAUGAGGCCGAGAAAUCUCCUGACAAAGGCAAAAGCACUGAAGCGUUCUGUUGCUAUGCAACGUCAUGAGGCUCUUAGUCAGCACAUUUCUGAAUUGGAAAGAACCAUAGAGCAAAUGAAGAAAGAAAUUGGUCUUUCUCUAGAAGAAGACCACAAAAAUAAUUGGACAUCAGAGGAACAGGGGCAGUUAAAUCAUGUCUCAGAAUUCACCCAGAGUGAGGAUGAAGCUGCAUUUGUUGGAUCUGAUGAAGAAGGGGAUCAUGAUGACUUUGAUGAAGAAGAAGAUGAUGAUGAUGAUGAUGAUGACAUUGAUUGGGAAGCCAAUGGAGAUUUUGAAUUUUCAGGCUUGCAAAAUGAUGAUCAUCCUUUGAGCAAAAAUGGUUGACAAGUCCUUGAAUUUUUGAAUUGACUGGAUGGCAUUUUUUGUUCCUUGCAUAUGUCGAAAACAGCAUCAGGUUGACUUAAGCAGCUUGAUGAUUCUCAUGGACUUUGUAGCUGUUUGAGCUGAUCUGGCUAAGUUGGAACUAACACAAUUUUGAAUCAAUAAAAUGGAUGGCUUAGCGAGGUUCGCCUACAUGUUGCUAUUCAUCACAAGGACUCUUCAUUAACAAAUUGAUCUUAUGCUUCACUGUGUUCUGUGAGCUCGGUGUUUGUCCGCAGCCCACUUUUUCAUUAGUAAGGAUGACAAUGGCUUCCAUUUUUAGUAAUACGAUGUCUCUGUUUAAUAUGUAGAACAUUUUGUCAUCAUAAUUUUUGUAUAGUGUUUUGAGGUAACAAAGUCGAAUUUAAAUAUUGUUAAUUUGUUAUAGUAUCGCCUUGUUACCUUGAUGAGCAAAUCUGCAGAGAACUAUUCUGUAUUUCAUUA